AUGAUCAGAAGACCGGCUCUGAGACGGGCACCCCCUGUUACUGCCGAGAGGGAGGGAAGUAUGGAGCAGAAAGUGGCUAUCGUCACAGGAGGCGCUGGCGGUUUGGGAUCGGCAAUCUGCCGCAAAUUCUCUACGCGUGGCGCUGCUGUCGCCGUGGCCGACAUCAACCAGGAAGCAGCAGAACAAUUGGCACAGUCAGUUGCCUCUGAUGGCGGCAAGGCAAUCGCGGUGCAGGUUGAGGUGACGGAUGAAAUGUCAGUGACCAGUGCCGUCAGGACGGUCGUGAGCCAUCUCGGACGGGUGGACUUCCUGGUUCAUUGCGCUGGUACGAACAUCAAGGCGCCCAUACUCGAUAUGUCGCUCGAUCAGUGGAAUAUCUCUCUGGAGGCGCAUCUGACGGGCGCUUUCCUUUUCUGCCGAGAAGCGGGCAGGCAGAUGGUCGAGCAAGGAGACGGCGGCAGCGUCGUGCUGAUGUCAUCGGUUACGGCUACCGCGCCAGUGCCCGAGCGUGGCGCUUAUGGCCCGGCGAAGGCAGCGCUCAUUAAUUUCGCGGGACAGCUCGGCUUAGAGUGGGCUCGGUAUGGAAUCAACGUCAACGCGGUCUGCCCUGGCGUCGCGCUGACACCCAUGACCGAGAUGGUGUACAGCAGAGAGCCGGAACUGAGAGAACAGAGGCUGAAGCGCUUCCCGAUCAAGCGUGAAGUCCUGCCGGAAGAAGUUGCCGAUCUCGUCCUCUUCCUGUGCAGCAAGGAAGCGAGAUACAUCAAUGGCGUGGGCAUUCCCAUAGACGGCGGCUUCCUCAAUUCAGGGUUUUACCAAGAUCCCGAGAGUUGA